UGUAGUUUAUAAUUUUUGGAAGAAAGGUGGGGGGAGACGGGUCGCUUCAAAGUUGGAGGGAGAAAGGGAUUCCUGUUCUCAGCCCGCGCGGCACGCUGUUUUUUCUCGUUCUCUUGCGGGUGGGGCGGUUGAGGUUGGCUGACGCGCGUCGAACAUGAACCAGCGCCUCGGAGGAGGGCGAAGAAGCGGGCGGCAAUAGGACCCGCCCGAUCGCGGAGCGCUCAUCCCUCUCUCGGAGGCGGCCGCGCGGGGAAGGCGAGCGCUGCAGGGGCCAGGGCGGAGAGCGGCCGCGGCUGGUUGAGAAGCAAGUCGGCGAAAGACAGUGGAAGGAAUGGAUUGAUGGUUAAAGAUGGAGAGAGGCAGAGGAGGAGGAGGAGGAAGGAGUGUGGGGGGCUCUGGCCUACACAGGAGCAUUUACUCCCAAUCCCAGCAGCAGUAUCAUUAUCCUGCCUCCUCUUCUCAGGCGGGCUGCAUGGAAAUCCAGGAGCUGGCAUCCAAAAGAGUGGACAUCCAAAAAAAGAGAUUUUAUCUGGAUGUGAAGCAAAGUUCCCGAGGUCGUUUUCUGAAGAUAGCUGAAGUCUGGAUAGGAAGAGGCAGGCAGGACAAUAUCAGAAAAAGCAAGCUGACUCUAUCUUUAUCAGUGGCUUCUGAGCUGAAAGAUUGCCUGGGUGAUUUCAUAGAACACUAUGCCCAUUUGGGCUUGAAAAGCAGCCAGAGUCACAGGAAUGACCAUGCUAAUGGCAAAGAACAAGAUCCAAGAAGGCGGCAACACCAUCAGCUACCCUCACCUCCAGCUUCAGUGGGAUCUGAGGAACAUCUUCACAGCGUCUUAAAAACUGAAUAUAUUGAAAGAGAUAACAGGAAAUAUUACCUAGACCUAAAGGAAAAUCAACGUGGACGUUUCUUAAGGAUUAGACAAACCUUGAUUAGAGGACCUGGCAUGAUAGGAUAUUUUGGUCACAGUUUGGGGCAGGAACAGACUAUUGUCCUUCCAGCACAGGGAAUGAUUGAAUUCAGGGAUGCUUUGGUCCAACUUAUUGAAGAAUAUGGGGAAGGAGAUAUAGAAGAAAGGAGGAGUGGAGGGGAUGAUCCUCCUGAACUGCCAGAGGGGACUUCCUUCAGGGUGGACAACAAAAGGUUCUACUUUGAUGUGGGAUCUAACAGGUAUGGUAUUUUUUUGAAGGUAAGUGAAGUGAGGCCUCCAUACCGUAACACCAUAACUGUCCCAUACAAAGCAUGGACAAGAUUUGGGGAAAACUUUAUCAAGUAUGAAGAGGAAAUGAGGAGAAUUUACAACGGCCAUAAAGAGAAAAGAAUGGAUAUCAGAGGGGACAGUGGAGAAGAACAAGAGGGUCUUGAUUAGAAUGUUUUUCAAUGGGCCAAGAAUCAAAGCAGAGAAAUGCCAGGAGGUACUGAUAUGUAAUGGCUGGAAGAAGUUGCCUUUCUUUUUGUAAGUUCUUCCCUGUUAUUAGAUAAUUCCAAUAUGUGGGUCUGGUUUUCAUGUUAAAUUACACCCAGCAACUUCUCUGGUUUCUCAUAGGAACAAUUAAUUACCCUGUGAUUCUGAUUCUUAACCUCACAAGUUUAUCAAAUAUGUAUAAUACCACUAACUCUGUUGUAAUCUUUAAAGAAUAUGUAUAAGGUUUGUGUUGCAGUGUAACAUGAUGCAAAUAAGCCAGAUGGAAUUGAUGUGUUGUAAUAGUAACCAAGAGCAUUUUUGACCAAAACUGACCUUUAAAUUUUAAAUGAUUAUACUGGGAAAGGUAUAUUUAACUAAGUAAAUCUGUUUGUUAUGUUACGAUAAAAGUAUUUUUAAGGGAGGAAGAAUUGGCCAGUGAUUAAUUUCAUGGGUACCUAAUUGUAGGAUAAUCCAGUAAUUUAAGUGAUCCCCUCCAAAAGAUAUAUCUAUGUUUAAUGUUGAUCAUGUCAUCCCUUCUAAAUGGACUGUUGACAUCUUGUGAGGAGAGCUUAUUUAAAUAGUACAAAUUUCAAAACUAUUUUUAUAUUUGUGGGGUUAAGUGGUUCUAGCAAGUUACUGUGAUGUGGGAAUUUGGUAGAUGAACAAUGGUUGGAAUUAAAAUUCUAAACAGGAAGAUUAAAUGUCUACAGUGUGAAAAACAUUAGAAUAAUUUCUGAUUUAACUUAAAAAAACACUUUGAGAGAUUUUGGUGCAUCAGUUAGUUGGUAUCCCGCAGAUCAGAUUUCACAUUGGUGCAAUUGAAAUAUUCAGUAAUAGCUAUCGAUCUUAUUUUGAAAUUUUGGCUCUUACAUAUUUAUUCCAAAUUAUAAUUGUAUUUUUAUUUUGCCAAACAUUAACCCAUGUUUUAAAAAAACCAAGAUAAUGACUGGAGAAACAUGUGAUAAUAGGAGAUUUAUCGUGAAACAGAAAUGUAAUAUACAUUUUGUUUGGCAUAAUUUAAGACUUCAAUUAUCUAUAUUUAAAUGGGAAUAUAAGCAACUGAAUACAGUGAAAUGUAGUAUAAUAUUGCAUCAACAUGGCAAGAAUUGUGCUGUAAAUCACAUUUUCAAUUGGAGUUCAGAGUGCCAAAGCUUUUGCUUUUGACCUUGAUAACUGUGUAGCUAUUUCUAUGUUGAAACCUAAUACUUUUUCUUUAAAAGAACUGCAUUGGUUGAUUCAGGCUCAAUAUUCAUUUCUUUUUCAUAUCCUGCUAGCUAAGGAGCGUGGUUUUCUAGUUUCAGUUGUAUUCUUCUUGGUAUUUCCAUUUCAGCACCAUUUUAAAAUUAUGCUGUGACCUCCUUUCUCAAAGAUUAUUAGUGAAAGUGGAGAUCAUAGCCUUGCAUUUAAUUUGGUGUGAAAAGUUGCCCUAAUACUUUUAUUUAGAAAGAAAAAAAAGAUUGCACCAAAAUCAUCAAAGGAACAUUAGAAAUGUGUGCUCUAAUUGUGACAAAGAAAAAGAAAAUUAAUAUCACUGUUUUAGAAAUUUGAUCUAAUGAGUGUUUGGCUGUUUCAGAAAUAACUAAUAAUGUUUAACUUCAAACUCAAAUCUAGUUUUAAUUUUUCAAUUACUAAUGGUCUAUGGGCCAGAGCAAGUCAUGAAAGAUUCUAAGUAAAUACUGGCAUGAAAGUAUAUGUUCUAAGGAGGAAAAUUAGAGGUCUAAUGUGCUAUUGUUGAUUUGAUAACAGACUUGUAGUAAAUUAUCUAAGCCUAAAUUAUCAUUCUUCUGAUUUGCUGAUGCACAUCCCAAUACCUGUAGUAAUAGUGACAUCCAGUUAUACAACAUAGAAUCCAUGAAUGUAUGAAUUCCUGAUGCUCACAUUUUCCCAUCUCUUGCCCUUCUAUUUUCCCUAUUUCAUCAUAUGUAACAGGUUUUUUUUUAAUUAUCAAUUGAAAUAUUUUUAUGGAAACUUUACCUUAUCAAAUUUAAUAGAAACAAACAUAUUCAUGUUCUAUGUUUGGUGUUUCAGAAAUGCAUUUCUUCUGCAUCUUUUUGUUUAGCAAAUAGAUAAAGGGUUAUUUACCACUACAGUAAAAAUGUGUAUUAGUUAAUACACUGGCCUGUACAAGUUUGCACUACUUUAUCUUGUUUUUGUAUUGAGCCAGAUAAUCAGCAGUUCCUGCUUAUAUUGCUGUCUUCCCCAUCCCAAAUUUGUGUAUUCUUGUGCCACUAAAUUCUUGUUUUCUUCUGUAUAUAGGCACAGAUUGCCAUGUUUUUCAAAUCAACUAAUGACUUAAAAACAGAUGUGAGCAUCUGAGAGGGAUUACACAUGAGCCUUAAAAUUACACACACACAUAUAUAUAUACGUGAGUGUGUGUGUGUGUGUGUGUGCAUGUGUGUGUAUACAUACAUAUACAUAUUUAUCUUAUUAUUGGACAUAACUGGAUGUGUUUAUAUCUUUAAACCCAAGGAUUAUAUGAUCCAAUUUAUAUUGGUAAUAGUUGAAAUGGUCAUUUGGGAAAAAGUUUCUCUUUACAUCUGACAGUACAUGCAUUUCUUUGGAAAGUGGCAAUAACAUGUUAAAAGCUUGCAGAAGGAUCUGUUAUGAUGUAAAAAAAUAUUCUUUGCAUCCCAAAAAUGCCAUAUCCCUUAAACUUGAGAAAAAACUUUAGCUUAUUUGCACUAAAAAAGCGUGGCCAAAAACAAUUCUAGGAGGGCAGGGUGGACAUAAUCAAUUUGUACCUCUUGAAUUAUUUCUUCUCUCUUAAGAGAAUUUUUAUGUUAAAGCCCUGACCUCUCUUUUAAAACUGUAUGGUCCAGACAGAAAGUCUGUCAGUUUUGUGAUUUCAUAAUGAUGCACUUUAUACUUUAAAAGUAAUAGAAGCACAUUUCUGAUACUGGUCUGGUACAGUGUGUUUCAGUAUAAUAUAAAAUGGUCUUCUGCAUGCAUGUCUGUCAGUGAUUUGUUACAAGGACUAGAUCAAAUUAUAAGGGCGUGAUCAAGAAGAAUAGGCACUACACUACAACCAAUUAUGAUAUCAAGGUCAGGUAUUUUUUUUAGAAUAGUUUAGUCCUGCUCUCUCUGGAUUUACAUAAUCAACAUUCCUGAAACUCAAAUACUUCAACAUAUUUUUAAAGAUUCCUGCAGCCUACGUAGUUAUUGGUUAAAUAACUCCGUCUUAUCUUUUAAACUGUUGCUGCAUAAUUCCUCUCUUCCUAAAAAGAUUAUUUUAGGGCUCUAGAUUUUUGUGGCAGCUAAGCAAGUUGGUAGGAGGCGAUGUGUAUGACUGUACUUCAUAUAAUGUAGCCUUUCCCCCAAACUUCAGUUAAAACAUAACAUAACCUAAAGGCUAUUAUGACAGACUACUACCGUAUUAUAAGAAAUUUCCAUAGUAUAAAUUCAGCUAUCAGGAAAUGAAAAAUUUGCAGAAGGAUUAUUUAGAUUAUUUAUGAACCAUUUAGGUUCAUUGGGUUAUGAACUAUUUAGGUUCAUAAAUAUGGGAAGCAAAUAUACCAGUGCUUCAUAGGUAUUAUUUCACCUUAAUAAAAUACACAAUUGUUGCUAGUGUUAACAUAGCUUUUUCUUCAUGUUUUUUAUUAAAAUACCAUUCAAUUAUUUUCUUUUAUGCACUAAUAGUUUCACCUUUGGCAUCAGGUAGAUAGGAAGUGCUAUUAAUUCCUUUUCUUAACUUAAGAUGAAGUAGGAAGAAACUACUCCAUCUUAAGUUAACAGAAGACAGCCUAUGUCCCUUGACUUCCUUUUCUGCUAUUGUUGAAGUCUGCUCUGACAAAGAUUGUCCAAGAUUGGAAACAUAAUUUCUUGACUUUUUCCAUAAAGAAAUUUGUAAGAACUGCAAUCUAAGCCCUAUAUUAUUUCACUUAUAAAAGCAAUUAUUAAAUAUGUUUAGUAUAUGCCUUCUAGGUAUGUAGAUUUGCAAUUCGUACCUUAAUUAUUCUUAGGACAAUGCUCCUAGAUAAUUUUAACCUCAAUUUAUCUGUAAAACAGAUCCAUAGUUUUUGGUUUUUUUUAAUUCUUUUUGGCUGAGAGAGGGCUUAGCAAACAGACCGGCUUGAACCAUCUUUGUCGAGAUAUUUGCUCAGUUCCACAAAUGGAAAAAAAAAACUAUAUACAAGAUACAGUGCAUGCUUAUAAUUGUUUUAGUCAUAACAUCCUUUUUUCCAAUCAUUAAAAUCACCGCUAGCUGGUCCUACAUAUACCUAUUCAUGCAUGUUUUUCUAGAUGUGUCAGUAACUAGCAUCAAUAGCCAAUUUGAUCUGUAUGCGUCAUUAUACCUGCUUGCAUCUAGCAAAGGACAGUGUGAACUUGGUCAGAAGCCUUAAUACAUUUGUUUGUACAAACAUUGUUGACUGUAUUAUAAACGUGUCGCAUAUAUUCAAGAAGUUUCCAUGAAGUUCAUAUCCUUUAGUUUCAAAAAGGCAUGUUUGAAACGGCUGCUAUUAAACAAAACUAUGAGAUUUAGUUCACUGAGCUAUGUGGUCUGUUGUUUGAGACUUUAAUGUGUUUUUUUAAAAAUAUGAUUGGAUUUUGGUACAAAACAUGGAGUCCAUAGUCUCAGUGGAACUGAAAAAUACAAUAGCAAGAAAAAAUUAAAGUGGUCUUAAAAUAGAAAGGGCAGUAUGAAGACUGAAUAUUUGACAUUAUACAGGCUUUACCAAGUGCAUUGACAAAGUAUCUCCACAAAGUAUUGAAGCAGCUCUUUUCACUUAAAAGACAAAGCAAAAUGGCUGUGUCUACACAUGGGAAAGUCCUUGAAACAGUCCUGCUGAACCUUCAGCUGCCUUCAGUUUCUAAAGCAUUAGUUUAUUUUGCAUAUAACGAUGGAUAAAACAAUUUCUUUAAUGCUUUAAUUGCAGAGUUAAAUUAUACUGGGUUAUGUGAAAUAAAUAUAAUCCCCCAAAUAGAUAGAGAAUAAAACAGCCCUUUUUAAAUAUCCAUUUGGAAUGGGAAUUACACAAUAUGUCCUUGGUAGUAAAAUUGUAUUUCCCCACAAAAAAAUAACUAGCAUAGUUUAGGGCUAUUAAUUAACUUCAUUAUAAACCAUCAAUUUGGAUAAAUGAAUGUACUUCUGUAUUGUCCCACCAUACUUUUAUGACUGGUCAUGUACAUAGCAUGUAACAUUUAAAUGUUUUUCAUGUUUUCUACUGAUAAGUAGAAUUACAUUAUCAACAUGGCUGAAACUUAAAUACUUCAUAUUUUUAAAGAUUCCUGUAACCUGUAUAGAUAUUGGUAAAAUAUCUCUCAUAUCUUUUGCAAUGUUCCUGUAUAAUCCCUCCAAAAAUAUAUUUUAAGGAUCUAGAUGUUUGUGGCAGCUAGGCAAAUUGGUAGGAGCAAUGUGUAUGACUAUAUUGUAUAUGAUAUACCCACUCCCAAAUCAUAACUUUAAAAGCUAUUAUAAUAGUUUUAUUAAAACUAUUAAAUGAAAUCAGUUUUUCCAUCUCAUAAUUUUCAUCAUCAACUCUAUUUUAUAAAUGUGUUCAAAUUAUUAUAAAAUGAAAUAUGCUAUUUAUAUAACGUGGAAAUCAUUUGGGAAGGCUCUAUGCCAAAUUUCUAUUUUCAGAACUGAAAAGUUGCCCAUCUAGCAACAGUAUGACUUUGCUAGUUUACUGUUCUUUUUAGCUAAAGUGCUCUUAGCUAGAAGAUAAGCUUGAUUUAAAUAUAAUCAUGGGCAGAUUUCCUCCUUCCAAUAAUUCAUAAUGUAGUUUGUUUGAUUUUGACUUAGUAUAAUUAUGUAGUGUCAUUAUGGUUUAUAAAUUAUGAUAUAGCUUCACAUUAUUUGAUCGCAUUAUGGUAAAAAUAAAUCAUGGUUUAGUGUAUUGGGGAUUUAGUGUGUUGGGGAUUUAGCCAAUAUUCCCUGUCUUUCAAAUCAUAAUUUAAACAAGAAUAGGCAACCUGAUAAGUUCAGAUACCUUGGCUCACAAUUCCCAUUACUGCUUUUGUCCAUAAUGACUGGGGACAAGCCAUGUUGGAUUAAGUCUAAAAAUUCAGUGAGAUGCUAUUUUGCUUCUCUUUGACUAAUUUGUUUAAUAUUUAAUUAAUAAAAAGGGUUCUAGUAAAAAAGGUUAGUAAAAAGCCUUCUAAGUAUGCUAGUAUUCUAUCAUAACGCAGCUUGAUUAUUCAAAAUUCUUAUUUCUGGCAAAGGGUAUGAGCUUGGUUUGAAGAUACGAGAUUGUAUCUUACUGGAUGGGGUAUAAAACAAUGUAAUUUUCCAAAACCAAACCAAGUACCAAAAGAACUGAGGAACAAACACGUGGAAUAUUGAUGAAUCAAUCUUGGGCAGGGGUAGACAACCUUGGCUCUUUUAUGACUCGUGGACUUCAACUUCCAGAAUUCCUGAGCCAGCAUGUCCACGAGUCAUAAAAGAGCCAAGGUUGCCUACCCCUGACCUAGUGAUACCUGAGAUACCUAGUGCCUUUCAGAUGCUGCUGAAUGCAACUCCUGACAGCCCCAGUCAUUUUGGCCAAGAGAAAAGGAUGUUGAGAGUUGUUUGGUAAUAUAUGGGGACCAUAACUUUAUAGGAUUUUUAGGGAUUCAGAAAUGUUAUAGCUUUUCUUACAGAUUUCUGAAUCUUAAGCUUUAGCCACAAACUAAUUUAAUAUUAGUUUAAUAAUAAAACAUGUAAUCCUUUAAAACAUCUACUGGGAUUUCUAGGAGACGAUGAACUCUAGACAUUAACUCCUUCACUAAUAAUAUAUGCCCUUUCGAAAACAGUUUCAUGGGCAGCUAAUCCUCAUUUAGUCAUUUGCUUUGUUUAGUGCUCAUCUGCAGUUAAGACAGUGGUGAAAAAAAUAACUUCAUGACCAGUCCCCACAUUUAUUACCUUUGCAAGUCUGUAAAGCAAAGGAAAGCUGAAGUAAGAUCAUAAACACCGUUGCACUUUCACUUGGGAACUAUUUGGCUUAAUGACUGAAUUGCCAGUCCCAAUUGUGGUCACUAAACGAGGGCUACCUGUAUUAAAUAUUCACUUAAAAAAAAAAA